AUGCUUAUAAGUGGUUACGAUAUGUACUCUGUAGAUAAAGAAUCAUUAUCAUCAUCAUUACCUAGUAGUAUUGACAGGAUUCAUCGCCCACUCGUUGGUAUUUUCCGUAGGAUUAGUGUUGUGGGUUGUUGUAAUGGCUUGUUUUGCAUACGCGAUACUGGACAUCAUGAUUUUAGUUUAUGGAACCCAUCUACUGGGGACUGUAAAAGAGUACCAAGUCCACCUGGUGAUCAAUUUCAAGUUGGUUAUCCUUGGAAUGGCCAUGAAGGGAUGGGAUAUGGGUUUGGUUACGACUCGAAGACCGAUGAUUAUAAGUUGGUAUGUUUUAUAAGCUAUUUCAACUUGAAGCAAUCCGAAGAUAAGAUUUAUUCACUUAGAUCGGAUUCGUGGGAACAAUUCAAACGAACUCAGGAUAUCCCUUGGUUACUAUCUUCCCGAUCACCCAGAUACGGGGUGUUUCAUAAUGGAGCUCUUCAUUGGCAGUCAUCUUCUUCUUCCAAAGCCUUAAUUGCUUUAAACAUGAGUCACAUGACAGAUGAGCUUACCAGAGGAAUCUCACCACGAAUCUUCAAAUGUCGAGAAGUUCAGUGGCACUUCAUUUAUUGA